AUGCACAGUUCGGGCUUCCAGUGAUGGCUUCUCAGCUCCCCUCAGGGUAGAAGUCCCUCUCGUGGUGCAGGCUGCCAACGUUUAUCACCAAAGAUGUCCCUCGGGCUAAUCUAGGUCUGCUGAUAAUGGCCUCCAAUCACGGAAUUGGCUUCAACAGUUGGUGAACAGGUACCACGGCGCCGCGUGGAUUCCUCCGGAGCGUUGUUCCCUCGGGAAAGGCUUCGUCCACCUCGGUACAGACUCAAAGUCCCUCCGGCCUAGUCAACUGCUGAAAAUUCUGGAAGUCGGUAAAGUAGCUCUCCUCUAUCCCACCGCUGCCACCAUGAAAUCUCUUGUGAUUUCAAUUGCAUGUUCAACCGUGAAUGUUGAUCAUCGAACAUGUCUUUUAGUUGGGAUAGUCGUUGGUUCGGAGCGGAGCUAAGUCCGGCUCAAGGAGAGUUAGAGGUGACUUCUUAACUUCCAAAAACACAACUCCAAUUGAAGAAGGAUUUAUUAAAGGAUAUUAAUGUAGUGCCCAGAGGCACUUACAGAAUGUCCUGUUGAAACCGAUACAAAGAUACAAAAGAAUGAAUGAAUGAAUCCUAUAUUACUCUCAACAUGAGUAUUUAUAAUGCUCGUCUUAGGCGUUGGUCAAAGGAGUUGGGGCUGUAACAGUAUGCACGUGGUGGUGACACAUGAGAGUUGCACAAAGACAUUUAGUUCGUACCACUUGGUGACAACUCCAAGCAUGUGUGCACUUUUGUGUUGGGCAGCCUUUGUUAACCUAGAUUAGUCAUAACCUAAGAAUCGAGCCACAUAAUGUUAUAAUACAAUAAAAUUUACACUUUUAAUUAUACUUUCUUAGGUCUUUUAUUACACCUCAAAUGACUGUUAGUUUUCCUCAUUCCUUUCAACUGCUUCCCGCAGGAACAAAGAAAAGCAAAAGCAUGUUUUAUUGGUUCAAUCUCAAUGGAGUUCCCACAGUUAAUACAAGUCGCGCUGUACAUCACCUAGCUUCGCUGACCUUGAAACAUAAGAACAUACAGUCGAAAAGUUACCACCUCCCAAAUGAAAACUGCUCUUGUAAACUGUGUACCAUUGUUCCACCUCGGAAAGGCAACUUGGUCCUUGUUGAGAAACGGUCCUUCGUCUCACGAAGGAAUUACGCAGAUUGAGGGUAAGAUUUCACGUUCACACGGCGGCAGAUAAGAAGAUUGCUGUCUUCUGGGAUGUCGCGCCCUUCCAAUUCUUCACUGUAAUCAAUGGCGUGAUCCAUCCAACAAGUUUAAUACCUAGGAAGUCCAUACCGGCAACAGCAUUGUUGGCCGAAAUGUUUUUGAACAUGAAACAUUCAACUCCACCAGCGAAAACCUACGGUCAAGUUUAGUUCAGUUAUCUGUGCACUAGAAGAUAGAAACAUUAUCGCUGACUGAAAAGGACGCUCAUAUCAUUGUCCGCCUUUGUUCGGAAGUAAGAAGCCAUAUAGCACGUUUCUCUCAAUCUACUUUCCUGUACAAUAUAUCAAUCAUGAUGUGUGAUGAACAAUUUUCUUACCUUAAUAACCUUCUGGAGUCUGUAGCAACAAGAGUGCCAAAAAUUAUAUUACAUAAAGCUGAAGAAAUAUUUCCUUCUCUGAAGAGGACCUCCCAGAAUUGUUAUAAAAUCAAGACAGAAAAUGAUGUUGAUGUACUGAGUGUAGAAGAUUCUGUUGGCUUGAGAAUUGAUGAGGUUUAUUCACUAUCAACUUUUUCAAUAACAAAGAAUAGUGAUAAAAUCAAGACAGAAAAUGAUGUGGAUGAACUGAGUGUAGAAGAUUCCGUUGGCUUGAGAAUUGAUGAGGUUUACACACCAUCAGCUUUUCCAACAACAAAGGAUGAAUGGAAGAACUGUAUGGAUUUGGUGAAAGAUGAUUCUCAUUCAGACAGUGAUAUGUCUCAGGAUGGAAAUGUGGUCAUCAAAGUAAAAGCUGAGGAUGUCUCAGAUAUAAAAAUUGAGGAACAUCCUGUUUCAAUAACAAAACAAGUUAUGAAGGAUGAACAGGAGGUAUGUCCAUUAAAGUGUCAAUUGUCCUCAUGUGUGUCUGUCCAUCCCAAUGAAAAAAGUCCCUUCUGAUGACUAAAUUUUGAAAUUGUAUCAAA